UAUUGCCAACUCAAGUUACUGCUAGUGAAGUUUUAUUAAAAAUAAAAGAUUAUUUUAUUACAAUUUUUAAAAUACAAAGUGUAGACCAAACUUACACACACACUCUCACAAUGCAAAUAUUGUAUGUAUUUACAUUGUUAUUUGGAUGUCUUUAUCCUUUGUGCUGUGCCCAACAGAGUUGUAAUUUAAGGAAUUGUAGUCGAACAAAUGUUGAAAUAUGUGCCACAAAUGGUCAACAGUGUAGACGUUUUUCUAAUGAAUGUUCUUUACAAAGUGCAAAUUGUAAUGCCACAUUAGCAACAGCAUGGAAUCGUACGGAUACAAUACAAUGCUUAAACUUAAGUGUAAAUGCAACGGGUUUAUGUUCUUGUCCGGCAUUAAGAACUUGUUCGAAUCGAACGACAACAACAGCCGCAGGAAUUUGUGUGCAUCGAGAUGGUCAUGCAUGUCGUUUGUUUAGAACAGAAUGUGAUUUGGUCAGAGCUCGUUGCAAUAGAGAAGUUUGGCGUAAUAUUGACAUGAUGCAAUGCCGAGGUUUCACCUUCAAUCAAUCUAGAACCUGUACUUGCCCCAAAAGUAUAUUAUGUUCACGUAACGUAACUCAACUUUGUGUUCAAAUUAAUGCAACUAAUUGUCGGUUGUAUGAUAAUGAAUGUGAUCUGGAAGGAGAUAGAUGUCAAGGACAAAGUAAGUUAGGGGUUUUUAGAAUUCAUUAA